UGGUUCAAUACAUUCAAUAAAUUUAUAAUAAUCAAAUCGUCGCCUAUGAUAAAAAGCAAAGUAGAUAUUUCGGUGCUUGUCAUGCCUUUCGCUUUGGGCUUUUUUUAAAUUUCACAGCAAGUUUUGGAUAAUUGAUUUGCUCAAAAGUAGAAGAAAAAAAUUUAACCUAUGAAAAAAGCUUGUUAAGUGCGCAAGGUCGACAUAUGGUUUCGGCUUAUCAGUUUUCAAAAUUUUAUUUUACGCAAACGUUACAACUUUCGCAUCUUCGCUCAAUAUCGACAACGGGAUCAAUCUAAUGUAUGCCGUGCGUUUGUCACAGAAAAACAAAAUAGAAUGAAACACUUAAAAUUGUCUGUAUAAGCAAAAUGAACUAGUUGUUAGCAUCUACAUCCAUUUUAGCCAAUACCUUGUCUCGCAAUAAAGCUCUUUAGAUAUAAAAUAAAUAAUCCACUGGCAGAUGAAUUCAGAAAAGCUCAAGCAAUGAAGUACUUAGUUAUUCUUGUUUGUUAAGAAGACAAUGAGCUCCAGCAACAAUCAACCAAUUAAUGUGCGCUUAUUAUUUUUUGCAAAAACACGUGAAUUGGCCGGCGUUAACGCAACUCCUUAUCAAUUACGUUCACGUAACAUAGUUGUCAGCGAUUUAUUAGAGAAGAUUUGCACAGAUUUUAAUCUUCAAUUGGUUCGUAAUCAUAUAAUUUUGGCUGUCAACGAAAGAUAUUGUGAUAACUUGCAAGAAGUCCUUCAUUUGGAAGAAGAAGACGAAAUUGCUCUUAUACCACCAAUUAGUGGAGGUUAAAAUGAAUCAUCUAUUGUUAACUUA